AUGCAGAACGUGUACCACACCCGGAACUCGCAGCCUUCGCAGAAUCUAUCGCGCAAGGAGCUCAUCAAGUGGGUGAAUGAGACCCUAAACAUUGAGGUCAAGCAGCUGGAGGCUUUGGGUUCGGGUGCAGAAUACUGUCUGUUAUUUAACCGACUGCGCCCUGGCAUCAUAAACCUGAAGAAGGUGAAAUAUGGUUCAAGGCCACAAUCGGACUACCAGUCAAACCUAAUCUUGCUGCAGCACGCGCUGCAGAAGGUGGGCGUGGAAAAGGACAUUCAGAUAGGCAGAAUGAGCGUGGGUGGCCAUCGGGAGAACUUGGAUUUUGCGCAGUGGUUCAAAAAGUUGUACGAUCGAAAUGUACAGCUGCAGGAUGCAGUCUUUGAGAAUGUCUCGGAGCCGAGCAAACGCUCGUCCAGUAGUACGCUUGUUCCCUCGCAGAGAUGGGUAGUUCCCUCAUCGAUCCACAGUCAGAAAUCAAUGUUCCACCUGCCUCGAAACCAUCAGCGUAACUUCGUUUGUGUAUGUGGAUUCGAUAACUAA